GAGACGGAGGCGGCGGCGGCUGGUCUGUCUCCAUUCUCAUGCAGGUGGAGGCAGGAGGGGAAGGCAGGUCUGCGAGCCAGGAGGAGCCGAGCCGGUCAGGCGAUCGCAGCCUUUGCAAGAGGAGGAGGAGGAGGAGGAGGAAGGAGGAGGCGGCUGCUGCUGCUAUUGCCGCUGCAGCUGCAUCGCCCUUUGCAUUGACAGCAGCUGGAGCUUGAGGGCCAUCAUCCCUGGCUUUAGGACUAGCUUCCUCUCCCCCUCCCUGCGGCUGCAUCUGCAUCGAGAAAAUGCGGCUCUGACAACCGCCGGCCGCAGCCCCGUGGGAAGGCAGGCAGGCAGGCAGGCAGGGGGGUGGCGUUGCUCUGGAGCAGCCCCGGGAACAUCUGGAAGAGAUCCAGCGGUGCUGAAGACUGGGAGGGCUCCGGACCAAGGGGUUAUGAUCCCAGCAGCGUUAUCUCUGUGUGGAGAAACUGAAGUGAAGCAAAGCGAGGGAGAGCUAUUUGUAAGACCAAAGGUUGCCAGGUGUGCGAGAACAACAAGCUAGAAUCGGAACACUGCAAUUGCCUUCACUACGUAAGACCAAGAUGUUGCAUUUGGUUGCUCUCCUCCUCCUGUUCGUAAUUUUCCGGCUAGUCUUGGGUCUUCCUUGGCUGCAAGUGAUUCCAGCCCUCUUGAUCUUCUACUUGGGGUCCGGUGGAUGGCGAUUCCUUCGUGUAGUCAUCAAAACGGCGCGUCGGGACAUAACCACGGGGACCGUCGUCUUCUUGACGCGUAUAAGAGUUUGGUGGUACGUGAAACAGAAAUACACCAUCCCCAAGAUAUUCCAGGAGACAGUGCAGAGACACCCGGAGAAAGUGGCUCUCAUUUUCCAAGGGACGGGCGAGUCUUGGACUUUCCGGGAUCUUGAUGAGUAUUCGAACAGAGUGGCCAACCUCUUGUACGGGCAGGGCUUCCGCUCCGGGGAUGUGAUUACCUUGUUCAUGGAAUCGUGCAACAAGUAUGUCGGCUUGUGGCUCGGCAUGGCCAAGAUCGGAGUGGAGGCGGCUCUCGUCAACUCCCACGUGCGGAAGGAAUCUUUGUUACACUGCAUCAACAUCUCCCAGUCGAAGGCGGUUGUGUUUGGGGGUGAGCUGGCUGAAGCCAUGCAAGAGAUUCAUUCUUCAAUACCGAAGUCCCUUCCCCUCUUCUGUUCUGGUGACUGGAAAGAAGAUGGUGUCCCACCAGGCACAAAACCUCUGGACCCCUUAAUAGAAAAAGCAUCUUGCAGUCCACCACCUCUGCCACCCAAAGGAUUCUUAGAUAAACUGUUUUACAUCUACACUUCAGGCACUACAGGAAUGCCCAAAGCUGCAAUCAUAGUUCAUUGCAGGUAUUUCCGUAUGGCAACUUUGGUGUUUAAUGGCUUCCGCAUGAGGCCGGAUGACGUGGUCUACGACUGUCUUCCCUUGUAUCAUGCAGCAGGCAACAUUGUUGGGAUUGGCCAGAGCCUCCUGCAUGGGAUGACGGUGGUGAUCCGGAAGAAAUUCUCAGCUUCUAACUUCUGGGAUGACUGUGUCAAGUACAACUGUACGAUUAUACAGUACAUCGGGGAGAUUUGUCGCUAUCUUUUAAACCAGCCAUCACAGGAAGCGGAACGCAAGCACCGAGUGCGAAUGGCCUUGGGCAACGGCCUGCGGGCCUCCAUUUGGAAGGAGUUCACCACCCGGUUUGGCAUCCCACAGAUAGCCGAAUUUUAUGGCGCCACCGAAUGCAAUUGCAGUGUGGGCAACUUUGACAACAAGGUAGCCAAGUUCAGCCACAGCUGCCCGAUUGGAAAGGGAACGAAAGCACCACAGCGCCUCCUAGAGGCGCCACAAAUCAGCGCAGCCCUCGUUGGCCUGGAUGACUUGGGGGGCAAAAUCAGGAAAAGGGCGGACCGACCCCACCGUGCUCAGCCCAGCGGGACAGGCAAUGCCGUGCGCCCAUUGCCAUCCUUCCAACCCAUCCCCAUGGUCACCCUUUACACAAAACAGAAAAUAAAGCCGUAA